GAAUAAACUCACCUUAGAACUAGAGCUUUUUAGUCUGAGAAAAAAAAAUAAGCGGUACUUUUGAGAGUUAAAAAUGUCAUCUGGGCCGAAAAUUGUAUUUCUAGAUUGUGAUGGAGUAAUAUCACCUUUCAGCGGACCGAUGUUUAGUAAGGUUCAUAUGCAGCGGCUCAAAAAGAUAGUGGACACCGCACAGGCCAAAAUAGUACUGAGUUCAUCGUGGCGGACCUCAGAAUUUGGACGUAAAGAAGUAAAGAAGCAACUCAUAGCCAACGGUAUUAGUUCAUUCAUUGAUUGCACACCAAGCAUUAGCAACCGCCCCAGGGUAGUUGAAAUAUUAACGUGGUUGGAAAAUCACGAAAACCUUAACGUAAAGAAUUUUCUGGCUUUAGAUGAUAUAAACCUUACCGCGUUGGCACCUAAUAAGACUUUUUUCGCGAAACACUCCAUCACCACUAAUGGCUUGACGGGGCUCACCGAUCAGGAUGUCGCAAAGGCAAUUGAGAUCUUAUCCGACCGAAACAACAUUAAUAAGAAGUCUAUCAAUAAUACUUGAGUGGAUCUUCAAGAAAAAGAAAAGGAGGAAAGGGAUUUAUUUUUCUUUUGGUAUUAUUUAAACUUAUGGUUGUAUCCAAACUACAUAAACAUACUUGCUUUGGUGAGUUUCCUUUUAGCAUAAGACACGCCAAAAACAAUUUAUGAAAAAUAACGAUUUUAUGGGAGAUAGGUUAAUGAUAUUGUUAUAUGAUGUGAUGCAAAUAUGCACCUGUACACAUAGAAGAUUAUUGCGAUAAUUAAUAUGGAGAAAUGUACCUGAAAAGGCACUUCUAGACCUUUCGAGUUUCAUUUUAUCCAGCGAAUUUUUAAAACUAAAUAUUUUGUUUAGUUUAAUAUAUCUCUUUGUAAUGAUCUGAGGGACCGAAUAUAAAUUAAUUCGUACUUCUCAGGUGUUAACUAAAGAGAAAAUUAAGGAAGAUGGAACACCACAGUCUUGGUUUCUGCAGUAUGUUUAUAUUUUAGGAUCUAAUCAAGAUACUAGGAACAAUUAGCUAGGUAUUAUAGUGAAUUUGGGGGUAAGGUAAUUCUGAAAUACCUCUCUAUUUUUCUUCCACAUGCUCGUUUAUUCUUAUAUUUAUAUAUAAAUAUAAUUAUACAAAGACCACUAUUUGACUGAAUAACUGAGGUUUUUGUUGAGAGAUUGCCACGCUUCUUUAUUAAUGAUGUAUUUUUGUAUAUUGUAUAGAUCUACCCCUCACAUUAUUCGAUUACUUACGUAUAUUGUUUUUGUGAUCAUUUUUUUUCUUGUAUGUAACCUUGUCUCCUUAUAAACAGCCUCAAAUUUAGUGAUUAGUGAUAAUUUGCAAUGAUAUCUUCCUCAGAUAAUCAUUUAUGUCCAGCAUAUGUUAUCCUUGCAUAAAUCAUUAUUUCUUUUCUUUGUUCCUUUUUUUUUGUCAUUAAAAAUUGGUGUCUUUUAAAGAAAAUGCAGCGGGGUAAAUAAUAAAUGAUCUAGGCUAGAAUUUAGAGGAUUUGUAGGUUAACUGGUGGUAGCUCUCCUUAAGGAUCUCACAUUUCAACAACUGAUGUGAAGUUAUUGAGUGACAAAUAUUUGGAAGAAGAAGAAUCGAAAUUUUCUGCUUUCUUUCUGUUUAUAAGAAUAUUUUCAUCUGAGUGUCUGCACAUUUAGCACUUGUGGACCGAAGUUCUGCUCUUGUUGCUUUAGUAAGAUUUUAUCCUAAGCGAUCUCUUGGUAUAUCAUUUAAUCAGGUCUUCCCCAGAGGAUGAGGUAACAUGUAUUAUCUACUUUAAAGGAGUCUCAAUAAGCUUUUUUCGUUCCUUCAUUUCGUCUUUUGUUAGAUAUAGUUCGUUGGAUAUCACAUAUUGACCUUAUGGAUUUUAAUCCCUCUAAAAAUUUUAUUGGUUCCAAUUCCUUACUAAAAUGUGGAGAUUUUAUCAAAUAAAGGAAAUAUUGAAAUGCUGCCUAAUUUUAUCAUUUUGUGCACUAUGGUGAGUUUAUAACCUUUAAAUUCCAUAAUGUGGGUAUCUCUCCUUUGCCGCGCGUGCAUUUCUCUAUAUGUUGGAUAUUCAUUUUCCAACUUUACUAGAGACUAGAAACUAACAUUUUUGGGAGUGUAAGAAAAAAAAUGGUAUCUUGCACUUUCCUUUAUAAAUAAAAACAACAACAACAACUGGAAAACCAACACAAAAAUAUAUAUACAUAUUGUAUUAUUAUUAUUUUUGCCCGAAUCAAUGUAAGAACACUAAAAGCUUCUGAGGGCUUUACUAGAUUAUCAUUAGCUCUAGCUCCACUCCGUAAGAGCGUGGCCUUUUUUUAUUGGCUUAAAAUAGAGGAGAUAUACAGUAUCCCAAUGGAAGUACUCCGGCUAUUUACCGGGUAAAUGAAGA